AAGGCAGGUACUUCCUUAGGGAUUGUCCAAUCGCCGAGGUGGAGCAGUUUCUAUAAAAGCUUGAAGCUCACAUGGUCUCCCUUUUUGGAUCAAGUAGAGGACUCAGGGGUGUUUGGUUUUUGUACUCAGUGUACCACGCUCGAAGAGGAACUGGGAACCGAGUGAAGCUGAGGGGUCGUCCAAACUCAUAGACCGGCGUAGCCCCGCGGUCCAUCCUCGGCCUGAGCUCCACCGUGGUCCUCUGCGUUGUACACGUUCCUUGCCGGCCUCCUCCCUGUUCCGGCGGGAAAGUCCGAACCUCCAGAAUUACAGCUCCCUAUUGUGCCUUUGGUGACCUGAUUGGAGACCAUGAAUUUAAAUUAACAUCAAUCGGUCCAGGAACCUGGUGGGAUGGACCAGAAGGCUGCAAUCUUACUGCUAGGGAUGCUAUUGCAUCAAUGCCUGCCCACAAAAAGGAUUUAGUGCUCCAGUGAAUCAUCAGGAGCUGUUAAAAAAUCUAUAUGGCCCCCCAUGCGAUUGCCGCGGAGGUACUUCUAGAACCAAGCCUAAUUCUUACACUCGAACUACUGAUUGUGGCAACAAAAUUGCUUAUUUGGAAUGGAAGCCUAAAAUAGGGGGAGGGUUCUCUCAGAGUUGGACAUGCAAUAAUAAACCCCAUAUAAUACCUGCUAUAAAAGGCAGGCCAGGGCCCUGCCCGUCGGGGUGCAAAAUAUAUACUGAAAUGCAUUCCACCUGUUAUGAUUCUGUGCAAGAAUGUACAGGAUCAGAUAAUAAAACCUAUUUUACAGCCACAUUACAAAGAACCUACUCGGGCACAUUCGGGGGGGACUGGGGAUCCAAUAUCGGGUCCCAGAAAUACGCUCAAGCUACAUGCCGAGCCACACCUGGGGAACAAGUAUGCUGGAAUAGAGUCGCCCCUAUUCAUGUAUCUGUUGGUGGCGGUCCCCAGGAUAAGGUCAGAACAAGUAGAGCAAAUAAUGAGGCGCAUGUUCCCUGAAGUCAAUUACCACCCACUGGCAUUACCUAAAUCAAGAGGGGUGGAUCUAGACACCCAGACAACAGACAUACUGGAAGCUACUCAUAGGGCCCUCAAUGUCUCCAGUCCCAAUCUAGCGGAGGACUGUUGUUUAUGCAUGGCCCUAGGCACUCCUAUGCCCCUUGCUAUCCCUGCUAAUUCCACCCCUCGUGCUAUUGUGGACCUUACAGAGCUAAACUGUAGUACUAGCCUCCCUUUUAGGGUUCAACCUAUAGAUUUUAGAAACCCUCCCUGCUUUCAAGGUAAUUUUCAAAAUAAUAGUUUUGAUGUUGAUGUAGGAUUUGUUACAUUUACCAACUGUAGUCAAGUUAUUAAUCAUAGCUAUCCUCUAUGUCCUGGCAGGGGGCAGGUAUUCAUCUGUGGCGGAAAUUUAGCAUUCACGUUUCUACCCACGAAUUGGACGGGGUUAUGCGCGAUAGCUACUCUGCUGCCCGAUGUAGGUGUUGUAUCUGGGAAUGAUCCUGCCCCUAUUCCCAGUUUUGACUAUGUCACAGGACGAUCUAAAAGAGCUGUUCAUUUUAUCCCCAUAAUAGUGGGAUUGGGCAUCUCAGGGGCAUUAGCCACUGGAACAGCAGGCUUGGGGGUUGCAGUACAUUCUUACACCAAGCUAUCUAACCAACUAAUUGAUGAUGUUCAGACCCUAUCCAGUACCAUCCAAGACAUCCAAGAUCAGAUAGACUCCCUGGCGGAGGUAGUCCUCCAGAACAGACGAGGAUUAGAUCUCCUUACAGCAGAACAGGGAGGGAUCUGUCUAGCCUUGCAGGAAUGCUGCUGCUUCUAUGCCAGUAAGUCCGGCAUCAUCUGGGACAAGAUCAAGAAAUUGCAAGAAGACCUGAUAAAAAGAAGAAAGGAACUAUUUGACAACCCCCUCUGGAGUGGGCUAAAUGGAGUGUUGCCUUAUUUUCUACCCCUGCUGGGACCCUUGCUUGGGCUUUUACUGAUUGUAUCGCUAGGACGUUUCCUCUUCAAUAAGGUGAUGGCUUUUAUCAGGUAGCAGAUAGAUGCCAUUAAGAUGCAACCUAUACAGGUCCAUUAUCAUAGACUUGAAAUGGCUGACAGAGAAGCUCCCUCUAGCUGUGAGUCAAUAAGCUAUGACCAUGCCCGAUAUGGCAAAAAGUGAGUCUCAAAAACCUUGUCACCUUGGUGCACUGGACUGGAUAGCCAGAGACAGGCAACUGGAACUCACGCAUCGCCAACCACCACCUAAGACGGGAACAAGGCGUUAUGCUGCCUUGCUAUUCCGAUGAUGGGUUCGGACAGGGUGGUUCCGUGUGCAAGUAUCCUGACCUAAGACAGGCACAGUCCCCUCAAGGUACUAUUCGGCCUUAAAAAUUAAAGAAAAAAGGGGGACCUGUGGGAGACUUUUGCAUGGCAUCCAUUUUGUCAGGAUCUGCUCCGUCAUCUUAUAUUCUUCUAGGGUUAAGUUUCUAUUUUCUCUGCACUCAUUUCCCGUAAGUUACCACCCUGCUGGGGAAUUUUCCGUUGCAGUUUGACUGCCUAGCAACCCGCUUGUGUAAGCCCUAGCUCUUCCUCAUUUCCUCCUCUAUAUAUUGUAUGAACUUCCUCUGAAUAAACAAGACUUGAUCAGAACCCUGUCUUGUCUCCAUUCCUUGUGUCUCUUGUCACUCCACAUCCUCACUCCCCCUCUAGAGUCCUGGUUGCUCGACCUGCGGGACGGGUCAUACAGGCAUGAAAAUGGAAGUUAAUACUUAGCACCUACUAAGACAAUCUCUAUUUUACCUGUAAGGCCAAAAGGUCAUUUUCUAUGCUUUUGUCCUAGGGCGUGUCAUGAAACUAAUUCCUUACUAACAGGAUUAAUUGGCCAUCAAGUGCUUUCUUGGGUCUUGUGGAAGGAAGUUGAGUUGACCACCCAAGUUACCACAUGCUCCUUGGACAGCAUUGGGGUUCUGGGCAGCCCUGCUCUGCUUUCUUUGCCAACCUGGGUAUGAGGGAGUGCCACCCUUUCAGUAAGUCGGGCUCUAGGCUUUGUCAAGAGCUCUAAAAAGUUACAAGAGAUGAGACAGGCACUCCAGAAAACACAACUUUAUUCACUAGGACUGAAAACAAAGGCUCUCAAUCAAAAGGCUUGAAGAUUUUAGUAUAAGGUGUAGUGUACUACCAGCCCCCCAACCCCCUCAGCUUAACCUCUCCAAGUACAGGCCUCAUCUGCUGAGAUAUUACUGUGGUCAGCAGGUGAGGGCUGGCAGUCCUAGUUUACCUGACAUUUCUGUGAUUUACCACAUGCUAUUUAUUCCUUGUAUUACAAAGCCAUAUUCCCAAGAGAAUAUAAGAGAGAGACCCUGUUGAUUGACCCAGAGCCUCCUAGUGAGUGGGCUGAGAGCAUGCACCCCUAGUCCUUGGCAAAAAAGCAUGUAAUUCUCAGUGAAGCCUUCUGGUUGGGGCAUGGGCAGGAGUCCUGCUAGUCUCUGCCUGGGCAGCAUGUGCAGCUGAAGACAUGGCUUUUUAAGGAGUUAGGCACUAGUGCCUAAAAUAAAG